AUGAAAUUGAAAGGGAAUCCAAAAAGCAUUUGUUAAUUUUCGGCUCAUAUUUUCAAAAAAUCUCUUGAUAUCCUGAUUGAGAAUUACUUUGGCAGAAAAAGUUUACAUUAACUAGAUACCCUAAAUUAAUAGUCAAACGUGUUUGUUCCAUGUAUAGAAUAACUACGCUUUCCAACAUUUAUAAUUGGUUACUCUAGAUAAGAGUUUCACAUGCCUUCUUGCUUUUAAAAAACCAGAUAUUCAAUUUUAUUUUAUAUUUUAUGUUCAUUGUUUUAAUCAAUCUAAAUAGUAUUCUACUUUAUUUAAUGCAGAAAACAAAAAUUAUUAAUUAUUGGCAAAUAAAUUAUAUUUUAUUCUAUUAUUUAUAAAUUAAUAAAAUAGUUAUCAUUUAUUGUAGUCUUUGAAUUGUUUUAUAGGGAAAUAGAAUAUUUUUUUCUCAAUGAUUUUUUCUUGUUAGUCUCUUCUUUACACAUUACAUAAGUGUUUAAAAUAAGCUAUGAAACUAAUUUCUUUAUAAAAAUGAAAAUGUAUCUUUAGCACCUAUUUAAACAAGAUAAAUUAAAGAUAGAGACAAUAAAAAUAAUAAAGUGUGCAAUCAAAUGUUCAAAUUAUUAUGUGAUGAAACAGACGACUACAAUGAAUGCUAAAGUGAGUUUCCAAAUAAUAACAGCUUUUUGGCUUUUCAAGAAGAAGGUUAAUCUUCACUGUGGAAUUAAAUCUUUGGUAUCGAUAGUUCAGUUAGGCUUAAUUCAGAAGCAACGAAUAUCGAAAUUAUUUAGAGCUCAGGGACAACCAAAGUCAUAAAAAAAGUAUACUAUUACAAUAAUUUUCAGAAAAAAAUAUAGACAGCUCUUCCUGGAGAGAGCAAGAACUUACACAAAUGUUAUGGAAGAUAAUUAUAACUAUUCAUAAGGAAUUUUUGCAAUAAGACUAACAAUUCUAGUUUGAAAGAGGACUAGCAUAUUAAAUAGUUUUUAUAAAUUCCAGGAGAUAAAAUAGGAAAAUAUGAAUUAAACUAAUUUCUAAAUUGUUAGAAGGGGAAGAUGUUCUCUCAAGAAUUUUUUGGAUAAUGUUUGUGGAAGUAUAAUGUUGUCAAAGAAUCAAAGACAAGUGUGUCAUCACUUUUCAGACAUAACAUUGAACCAUUUUGGGAGACUAACAAAAAGAUCAAGUCAUGAAUAUGAG